AUGUACACCCCAAGCCGAGUGUUGAUGAGCCAGAUGGAUGCCGUGGCGUAUUGCCAAUCGGCUGUCUAUCAUAUGUUUGGUGUGCUGCUGCUCCGUGGAUUGCUCGCCUGGCUCGACGAUCUGUUGGGUGCCGCGGCUACGCCUGAAGAAAAGCUGAACCUGUUGGGGCAAGUGUUCGAGAUCUGUGAAGCUUAUGGUCUCAAGCUCCACCCGAAGAGGUGUGCGUUCUUUCAACGUGAAUUGAGUAGUGUGUGA